AUGACCACUGCCGGAACUAUUGCCACCAUGGCGAUGUUCCUCCUGGUCACGCUCUCUGCUUCCCAAAUGGCGUCCUCCCUCCGCCCCCACGCUGACCUCGGGCUCGGCACAUGCCGCCCCAGCGGGUACCUCCCGGGCCGGCACUGCGUCAAGAUCACAGCGAACGGCAACUCCGUGUACGCCAAGGUGGUGGACGAGUGUGACUCCGUGGAAGGCUGUGACGAGGACCACAACUUUGAGCCGCCAUGCGACAACAACAUCGUCGACGCGUCGCCAGCUGUGUGGGAUGCCUUGGGGCUCGAUCAGAACGUCGGCAUGGUAGACAUCACCUGGUCCGAGGAGUGA